AUGUGUAUAUGGAAGGUGAAACGGAAGGAAGAGGGGAGGGAGGAGUGUCGCCGGUGCAUCAGGCCUCACCACCGCCGUCGCGCCGCCUUGGAGUCCGCAGUCAGAGUCGUGUCGCGCAGAGAAGAGGAGAAGAGGAACUCAUCGCGUCGCCGCCACCCACGGAGCUGCGAGCUGCGCCCAGUUGCCGUCGGGGUCACCGCGCCAUCGUCCUUGCCAGCUCCGAACGAGAAGCACGAUGGAGCUCCGCUUUUGCUUCCCUGGUUCGCCGUGAGUGAGCAUCGUGGGAGAGAGGACGACGCGAGUUGGAGGCUCGGUUGCUGCUGUGCUAUGGAGCAAACUGAACCGCGCCGCGCUGUUGGGGUUCUCACUGUCGCCGGAAAAGGAUUCAGGCCGCCGCAGGUGUCGCGGUUAGAGGAGGCUAAAUCGCUAAGAUAUUAA